GGGCUCCCCCGCCCCUCACCUCCACCACUGGCCUCCGGCCUCUCAGCAGGAGGAAGUGACGUAAGAGUGACGAGAGGGUAAAUAUUGGUGACGUCACAUCACCAAGAUGGCGGAGGGGGAGGAGGCGGGGUGGUGGCGGAGCUGGCUGCAGCAGAGCUACCAGGCUGUCAAGGAGAAGUCCACAGAAGCUUUGGAAUUCAUGAAACGGGACUUGGCUGAGUUCACUCAAGUGGUGCAGCAUGACACAGCCUGCACGAUUGCUGCUACAGCCAGCGUGGUCAAGGACAAGCUGGCAAGGACAGAGGGUACCUCAGGUGCAACUGAAAAGGUGAGGAAAGGGCUCUCUGACUUCCUGGGUGUCAUCUCGGACACGUUUGCUCCCUCACCAGAUAAGACCAUUGACUGCGAUGUCAUCACAUUGAUGGCAACACCCACAGGGACCACAGAGCCCUAUGACAGUGCCAAGGCUCGCCUCUACAGCCUCCAGUCAGACCCUGCCACCUACUGCAAUGAACCUGAUGGUCCUGCUGAGCUCCUUGAGGCCUGGCUCUCACACUUUAACCUGGAGGAGAGGAAAGGGGAGAUUGCAGAGCUGCUGGCAACCAGCCCUUCCAUCCGGGCUCUCUACACCAAAAUGGUCCCUGUGGCUGUUUCCCACUCAGAGUUCUGGCAGCGCUACUUCUAUAAAGUGCAUCGCCUGGAGCAGGAUGAAGCCCGGAGAGAGGCUCUGAAGCAGCGAGCAGAGCAGAGCAUUCACCAAGAGGAGCCAGGCUGGGAAGAGGAUGAAGAGGAGUUCUUGGGGAUGUCACCCCUGCCUUGUGCAAAUGUGAAAUUUCCAGAAGCAGCAGAGAAAGAAUCUGCCCCUGCAGCCCUGGAGGGAAGCCACCCCACUGCUCCCAAGGGGCCCUCAGAGGAGAGCUGGGCCAUCCUCCCUCCAGAGCCAGCUCCAGCAGAGGGGAGCCCCUCGGAGAGCAGUGAAAGCAUCUCCCUUGUGACUCAGAUUGCAAACCCUGACUCUCUGCCUGCUGCACAGCUACAGACUGGAGCACAACCAGCUGGGACCAGAGUCCUCUCCCAGAGGCUGCUGGAGGCCACCUCAGAAGAGCAGAGCUCCCUCCCAAAGCCCCCAGAACCUGGCCAGCCUUCUGCACCUGCCCAGGAGUCAGCAGCAUCCUCAGAGCAACCAUCUGUUACAGAGCUCAAAGAGGUGGAGAGCAAAGCCCAGGGCAGGACAGAGACUCUGAAAGAGGAAGGACCAACAGAUCUUCGAGUCUUUGAGCUGAACUCAGAUAGUGGGAAAUCCACUCCCUCCAACAAUGGCAAGAAAGGCUCCAGCACUGACAUCAGCGAGGACUGGGAGAAGGAUUUUGAUUUGGACAUGACUGAGGAGGAGGUGCAGCUGGCACUCUCGAAGGUGGAGGUGUCUGGGGAGCUGGAAGAUGAAGAGUGGGAAGACUGGGAAUAAAAGGACUGCUUCCAGUGUGUGUCACAGGCUCAUUUCCACCAUCGAAUGUGAAUUAAAUCACGGACCGGCUGUUCCUUUGUGUGUAACUGUGCUGGGGAUUGCAGUUCCAAGCUGGAGGAGUUUCAUUCCUGCUAAAUCCUGUGGGCAACUCAAAUGACCCCUUCAGACCUGGAGGAGGAGGAGGAGGAAGCAGAAGUUCACUCGUAGCUGCUAGGGAGCCUGUCUUCUCAGUAGGUCCUAUAAAAUGGCCAAGCCAAAACUGACUGCCCUGAAAGCCUUGGGUAGAGGCAGAUGUGAUGCAGCGAGGAAUUCCUUGGAAGAGCUGGGGCACCUGGACACCCAGCAGGUUUGCUUGGUGCCCCCAGACUGCUGGUUGGCUGAUUGAUUGCUUGUUUGUGUGUAUGUCACCUGCAGCACAGCAGGGCAGAGGCUCUUGAAUGCAGUCUGUGCCUACUCACUGCUCUCCGGGCCACCCCUGGAGAGAGCCCCUGUGCAGGGAGCAGGCAGGGGCUCGAGGGGCUGCAGCGGGAGACCCUUCUGCUCUGCCACCUUUUGUUGCAGAGGAAAGCAGUUGAUUUGUGGCUUUGGCCCGAAGCUGGGCUGUGCUGGAAGGAGCCAAAUUCCCUGCCAAACCAUGAGCUUCUGCCUGGCUUGUCUUUGAAGUUUUCUUUUUUAAUGGCAGCUCCUGUUUCCUGCUGCAAGAGCAGCAGCUCCUCUGGGAAUCAAGGCCUGCUGCCUUCCCCUUUGCAGCUGCACUGCCUUCCUCCACUGGGUUUUGUGUACUUCAGAGUUAAAUUUCCCAAGCAAAGUACUCAUGGCUUGCUCUUACUUAAGCCUUUCUGGGCCAGCAGUGGUUUGGGUCACUCUGGGAAUCCCUGCCCAGUUCAGGCCUUGCAGAGCCCCAGACUGGACCACUGACCACUUUAACCUCUGCCUUGUCACUGGGACUCAGCCAUUCCCUCUCCCAGCCCUGGGGGAAGGCAGAAGAACCCAAGCACAUGUGGUAUCCGUUGGCUGAGGCUGUGUCUGUCCACUCGUCUGGCUCCCUGGGCAUCCAGUGGCCACGAAGGUCACACACCUUGCUGUACUCACUUGGGUUCUUUCCCUGAAGCCCCCCCUGACUGCUUGCAAUGCUUCCUUAUACCCAUGGCCUCUUACCGGGGCAUUCCCCUUCUAAUGGCAUGAGAUGCCCCUCUCAUAAUACAGUUAUCUGAAAGGGACAGAGCCCUCCCUGCUGUCUGGCCUUCUGGGUGGUGGUUUAACCUGAUGCCAUUGUCCUGCUCCAGGGCUUCUUCCCUGGAGCUAUGGGUUUGCUUCUGAUUUUUGGAUAGCAUUAACCUAGCUGAACUUGGAAGAGUUGGGCUUUUGGGUUGUUUUGGGAGUUUUUUUCCCCUUUUGGGGAAAUCCUCAGAUACAGCUGCCUACACAGGUAGAUUGGUGGCAGAGGUGACUUCAGGUGUUUACAUGGGAGAGUGUCUUGUCCUGCAGAACCUACCAGGACCAGGGGCUGAGCUGCAGCUCUCCUCUCCCUCUUGGUGUCUGCAGGCCCAGCAGAGCCUCUGGAAUGUGCUGCAGCCUCACCCUGUCCUGGGAUCCAAUUUAAUUGGAUCAGGAAAACCUGUGGGGAGGUGGCAGCUGGGGGGUGUCAAGUUGGGGAGCUUGGGGUUGUGUCCCCUUGGGGCUUGGUGGUACAAGUUGUGACUGGUUCCCUGGGCUGCAGCAGAGCUCUGAGGAUGCAGUGCUCUCAUCUGUGCCACUUUUUUUUUUUUUUUUUUCUUUCUUUAGUCAAAUUAACCGUUUGGUUGUCUGUGCAAUAAUUAUCUGUUCUAAACUAUUCCACGUCUCCCUGAGCCUUUUCUAGCUGGGGUGAAAAAACAGGAACAAUUCUAACAGCUGGUAGUUUUGUAACGAUGACUUUCUCCAAACCUUUUACAGACUUGCAGUUAACAGCAAUUAAAGGAAUUCUACAUAGUC